AUGUCGUCCUUCGUUUCUCUCGUUACCAGCAUAACACUGGAGUGUCUCCUCAGCGUGAAAUAUAUUGGUGCAUUCUCAUUAACGGGCGUUGUCCGUGGUCUUCCUGCGCUACUCAAACCAAACAGCACCAAGUACCGCUUUGUUGCGCUCACCCGGUCCUUGAAUAGCCCGAUGUCCAAGCAGCUUGCUGAAGAGCUUGAUACUGACGCUGAGUGGCUUAAGAGACAGGGAGUAGUGCGAGUCUUUAUUGCGCCGCACAACUUGCCUUACCAGUCCGCGGAGGAGUCCAACUUUCAUCUAGCUCUGCUACAAGCUGGUGUCAAGUAUGUCUACGCAGAGCUGCAGUGGACGUCCCCUCAGCCAAACUUCUUAACCCCGUACUGGUUUUACCCUGCCGUUGGCUGGAUUGUAGAGUAUAAGCAGACAGGAGAGCAAGUAGUGUUGCCAGUAUUUUCGUCUGAAGAAUUUCCUGCUAAAUUGACUCAUCCCGAAGACAUUAGCACCUUUGCCACACACCUCCUAGCCCUUGAUGAUGUGUCGCCACACAACCAUGGCAAGUAUAUUCUCCACGGCCCUGAGAAUUUUGCAGGAAGAGAUAUUGUCAAGAUGGUCGCGGACUACAUUGGUGCGAAGGUUGAGAAUGUGAAGUACUCCGCAAUGGACGUUUAUUUCAAUGCCCUCAGGAGUAUGUGUAUCCCGGAUAAUGUUCUUCCUGCCAUGUUUACCACUGUUGGGGUUCUAUGGGCAGGAAGAUGUGCACGCGACUAUCGCCCAAUCAGCAAAGAGGUCACGGCACUGGCACCUCCUAAAACAACAGCUGCGCAGGUGCUGAAGGCCAUGGUGGAAGGAUUCCCAUAA